UGAGACCUUUGCUCCACGAGGUGGCUGUGGAGGGAGGGACGCUGACUCCAGAGGCUGCCGGGAUCGGGAUCGGGUGGGGGAGUCUGGGAAGCAGCCCCUCUCUCAGAGCGAGAGCCUCGGGGUGAGGAGAGAGGGGAGAGACGUGGAGUCCUGCCCGCUGCGGGAAACCGACUGUCUGCUUGAGGGUCCCCGUGAGUUCCGCUCUAGUCACCGCCAGCACCACCACGGCAGGCUCAGCACAGGGGACUGCACUAUCCUCCUGUCCCAGCAAGGGGGCUCCAGAGACUGCACAGCCAGGAAGUCUGGUGGCCUGGGACUCGGGCAGCAUUUUGGUAAUGUCCAGGGCUCCAGGAAGAGAUGUCCUUGUGGCUGGAGGCCCCUGUGCCUGACUCUGCGGUGGAGCUGUGGGAGCCGGAGGCCUUGGAUACCAGCAGCCAGGUCCAAGGAGGCAGCAGCUGUGCCCUUAGCAAGGAAGCCAGGAUGCCCCCAUCUGCCAGGGACACUAUGGUGGUGGGGUUGGAGGCAGGGGAGCCCACAGCCCUGCUGCCGAGGGUGGAGGCCUUUCCAGAGCCCACAGAGCUCCGACCGCAGAAGCGGAAGAAGGGGCCGGCCCCCAAGAUGCUGGGCAACGAGCUGUGCAGCGUGUGUGGGGACAAGGCCUCCGGCUUCCACUACAAUGUGCUGAGCUGCGAGGGCUGCAAGGGCUUCUUCCGCCGCAGCGUCAUCAAGGGGGCAUGCUAUGUGUGUCACAGCGGUGGCCACUGUCCCAUGGACACCUACAUGCGUCGCAAGUGCCAGGAAUGUCGGCUUCGCAAGUGCCGCCAGGCGGGCAUGCGGGAAGAGUGUGUCCUGUCAGAAGAACAGAUCCGCCUGAAGAAACUGAAGCGGCGGGAAGAGGAACAGGCUCAAGCCAUGUCCACAACCCCGAGGGCUGGCUCGCCACCCCAGGCCCUGCCCCAGCUCAGCCCAGAGCAGCUGGGCAUGAUCAAGCAGCUGGUCGCUGCCCAGCAGCAGUGUAACAAGCGCUCCUUUUCUGACCGACUUCGUGUCACGCCCUGGCCCAUGGCACCAGAUCCCCAGAGCCGGGAGGUCAGGCAGCAGCGCUUCGCCCACUUCACGGAGCUGGCCAUCGUGUCCGUGCAGGAAAUUGUUGACUUUGCCAAACAGCUUCCCGGCUUCCUGCAGCUCAGCCAGGAGGACCAGAUCGCUCUGCUGAAGACUUCUGCGAUUGAGGUGAUGCUUCUGGAAACAUCCCGGAGGUACAACCCCGGGAGCGAGAGCAUCACCUUUCUCAAGGAUUUCAGUUAUAACCGGGAAGACUUUGCCAAAGCAGGGCUGCAGGUGGAGUUCAUCAACCCCAUCUUCGAGUUCUCCAGAGCCAUGAAUGAGCUGCAGCUCAAUGAUGCAGAGUUCGCGCUACUCAUUGCCAUCAGCAUCUUCUCGGCAGACCGUCCCAAUGUGCAAGACCAGCUGCAAGUAGAGAAGCUGCAACACACCUACGUAGAGGCCCUGCAUGCCUACGUCUCCAUCCACCACCCCCAUGACCCACUCAUGUUCCCGAGGAUGCUAAUGAAACUAGUGAGCCUCCGCACGCUGAGCAGCGUCCACUCGGAGCAAGUGUUCGCCCUGCGUCUACAGGACAAAAAACUACCCCCACUGCUCUCUGAGAUCUGGGAUGUACACGAAUGACAGUGUCUAGCUGUCCACUGGAGGUGGAGCAGAGCAAGAAGGACAAACAUUCCUGGGAGCGGGGUGACAGAGCUCCUCUGUGGUUUUACAGAAGUUUGCAAGGGUUGGGGUUUGGAGGCCGCUGGACUGUGGGGCUUGCUAGAGCUGUGUUCUACUAAAGACCUCAUGUCCUGCCGAAUGACAGACCUGGGGGCCACCAUGCACAAGGUUCUCCAGGGUUAGCCCUGCCCAUCCUGCCUCUACCACUUCCUGUUUUUCCCCACAGGGCCCCAAAAGAAAUUCUCCACUGUCACUUUGCGGGUUGGCCAUAAAUGCCUUGAGGCUACCACAGAGAAGAUAGGUCUGGCCUGUUGGAACAGGAAGAUCCAGAUAAAUGCAGAGUGAUAAAUGCAAACUAAUUUCUGGAUUGGGGGGUGGGAGUGCAGCGAGGAGGAGGAAGCCUGUGUCCUGCAGGAUCCGCUGCCUCUAGACUCAGUAAAGGAAAGCCACAAGUGACAGCCGCGGGAGCCAGCCAAGGUGGGGGAUGUUCCGCCUUCUAGCCAGGUUGUGCCACGGAUGAAAUGCUGAGGUUUCGACGCUCCUCUCUACUUUAACGAUCCAGUGGUCGUGUGUGUACAGUGUCUUAGUUUUUCCGCUGGCAUGUGAAAAAGGCACAAACUGAAAUACCCAGAGCCAGGUCGGUUCCACUUCUGGGCCCAGACCCUGUGAGUUAGGAAGAAAAGCCUCUCAAUUUACUCGAGGCCACCAGGGACCUGCUAAAUUCUCCAAAGCCUGAACUCCACUUCCCAGUAGGCGUCGCGGCGCCGGCCACGCCCCCUCUCCUGGGUGCGCGCCGGGCAGGUGCUCCGGCGGCGCGCCUUCUUCUCUGCACCCCCGCCGCCCAGAAUUGGUAGGCUCUAGCGGCCGGGCUGCCUACUGGUCAGCUCAGGCAGCCGGGAACCUCCAAGUCGCGUGCGGGGGGAUCGAGGUGAGAUGUGAGAAGCCGGCCGGAAAGUCUCAGGGGCAAUUUAUUUUGAGAAGUCACUUUCAGAUUAAACAACUUUUCGUCGAAAUGAACUCAA